AGUAAUUACACGGUCGGCCGCGAGCGGCGCUGUGCCGCGAUGUACUACGCACGUGGUACCAGCCGGUGAUCCGUCUGCAAGCAUGCGACGCACACUGACGGGCACACUGGUACUGCUGUUCCUUGCAGUUGAGACAUCAGCAACCCGCUGCGACGAGGCAACGACGGCACAAGUAGCUGAGGGCAACUUCGGACAGUCCGGAGUGUUCAACUGGCUCGGAGUACUCAAAGUACAAUCAUAUGACAACAAGAAGGUGACGACGGCGCUGACUGGGAUCGUCCUGGUGACGGCCAAGCAUGUGCUGGCCAACGCAGACGACGUCGUCAGGAUACCGCGACAUCUGUUCGAGUCAAACACCAAGGCGAUGUUCAUGCCUGCGAAGGGCGUGGAGUGGACGGCCCCGGCCAAGUCCUACUCCACGCACCCGGAGUACGAGUACACCACCGUCAACACCAUCGCCAUAGUCGAACUGGAUGUCGAGGAUGUGACCGACUUUCCGUUGAAUCCAAUAUGUCUGCCGAGCCCCUCAUCGUCUGCUCCUCAUCAAUCGUCUAAGUUCCUGUACCUCACUGGGUUUACAGAUGAGAACCGCGUGUUACAGAAAGUUAUUUACAAGAUACAGUACCUGGACGAGAGCGUCUGCGAUGAGUUCUACAACAGAGUCGGCCUACCGACCAGGAACAGCCAGCCCACGUCGUACGUGUGUGGGUACGCGACACGGAACGGCUCCACGCACUGCGCCUGGGACAACGGCAUGGCGCUCGUCUCCAACGCCAGCGAGGGCAUCUUCUACCUGCUCGGGUUCGGUGUCCGCGGUCCUGGCUGCGCGGCCCCGGCUCGCUUCAUCGACGUGUUCCCCUUCCUGCCCUGGAUCGCUGCCACCACCACUGAGCCGGAGGAGAUGUACGACGCGCCCGACUACGGACACUCCGUGGACCAACUCGAACCAAUCUAAUUCGCUUCUACGACAAAACCCUUCUUUUAAGUCCUAAACACUUAUUGUAGUUAAUGGAAGGAGUAGUUCUAGGUUUAUUUAUAAUUUUAUUAGUAGUU